AUGGCAUUCCUUCUUUGGGAUCAUAGAUCUUGUAAUGACCUAAAUGUCUUAUACCGUUCCCCAGUGUUCGAUGAGGUUCUGCAUGGUCGAGCUCCUCCGGUAAAUUUUACCGUUAACGGCCAUGAAUACAACAUGGCAUAUUACUUAGCCGACGGUAUUUAUCCGAAGUGGGCAACUUUUGUUCAGGGUAUCACAACCCCUCAACUUCAAAAAGAUAAAUUGUUCGCUGACCACCAGGCUGCUGCUCGAAAGGACGUUGAAAGAGCAUUCGGUGUUUUGCAAGCUCGAUUUGCAAUAAUACGAAAACCGUCACUGGCGUACGAUGAGGACAUACUGCGAGACAUAAUGAAAGCAUGUAUCAUUAUGCACAACAUGAUUGUUGAAGAUGAGCGCCACAACUACACUCGAGCCGAAGUUCUAAGAGCGUUCUACGAAGAAGAUCAACAAGAAUCAACACCAGCAUCAACAUCUACAACGCCACCGUUUGAAUUCAACGUAGGCCGACCUACCAACUUUGACUUCAACGCAUUUCUACAGCGAAAAGCUUCCCUCCGUGACAGAGAAAUUCAUCUAUCUCUGAAACGUGAUUUAGUCGAACAUAUUUGGCAACGAUACGGGCCACGUAAUUAG